AUGGCGUCCACCAGGCUGCAGCUCGUGUUCCUGGCGCCGAUCAUCGCGCUGCUCGUCUCGUCCGGUGCUCUAGGCGCUGCCGCCAUGGCCGGGUCUUCGCUGGCGGCGGCGCAGAGCGGCGUGUUCAGCCUGGACAGCUACGGCGCCCGCGGCGACGGGACGCACGACGACGCGCAGGCGCUGUCCAACGCGUGGAAGGCGGCCUGCGCCUCGCCGCGCCCGGCAGUCGUGCUCGUCCCCGGUGGCAAGCGCUACCUGCUCAGCGAGGUCGUGAAGCUCUCCGGGCCGUGCAGGUCGGCCAGCGUCACGCUCACGGUGCAGGGCACGCUGGUGGCGUCGCCGAACCGGGCCGACUGGAGCGACAGGGACAGGAGGCACUGGAUCGUGUUCCGCGCCGUCGACGGGCUCACCGUCAACGGCGGCGGCGUCAUCGACGGCAACGGCGAGACGUGGUGGAAGAACUCGUGCAAGAUCAACAAGGCUCUGCCGUGCAAGGAGGCCCCAACGGCUUUGUCGUUCCACUACUGCACGAGUUUGAGAGUGCAGGAUCUGAAGAUCGUCAACAGCCAGCAGAUCCACAUGUCCAUUGAGGACUGCACUAACGUACAAUUGGCAGGCCUGUCCAUCACCGCUCCUGGCACGAGCCCUAACACCGACGGCAUCCAUAUCACCCGCAGCAACGGUGUGCAGGUCACGAACUGCAAGAUCAAGACUGGAGACGACUGCAUCUCCAUCGAGAACGGGACGCACAACCUUCACGUCUCGCAAGUCGUGUGCGGCCCGGGGCACGGGAUCAGCAUCGGAAGCUUAGGAGACGACGACUCGCGCGCUGAGGUCUCCGGCAUCACCGUCGACUCGGUGCGGCUGUACGGCACGACCAACGGAGCACGCAUCAAGACCUACCAGGGAGGAAGCGGGUACGCCAGGGACAUCACGUUCCAGAACAUGGUCAUGGGCGGCGUCAAGAACCCGAUCAUCAUCGACCAGAGCUACUGCGACAGGGCGAAGCCGUGCCGAGAGCAGGGGUCGGCAGUGGAGGUCAGCAACGUGGUCUUCAGGAACAUCAGGGGGACGACCGUCACCAAGGACGCCAUCAAGCUGAGCUGCAGCAGGAAUGCACCGUGCCAUGGCAUCACCCUUCAGAACAUCGACCUGAGGAUGGAGGGCGGCAACGGCGCCGCGGAGAGCACCUGCCAGAACGCCAAGUGGAGGAAAGCCGGGACCGUCCUUCCACAACCGUGCACCUCCCAAAACGAAACUAGGCGGCAGGUAGCUGCAACUGAGCAGCCCCUGUAGCACAUU